GAGAGAGAGAUGCCGUCCAACAAGUCAGUGUCGGACGCCCCCAUCACCCAGUUCAUCAACUGCAGAAUCCUGAGAGAACACAAGCUGCAGAGAGAGGACCUGUGGGUGCGUGGAGGGAGGAUUUUGGAUCCAGAGAAGUUGUUCUUCGAUGAGCAGGGUUACGCUGAUGAGUGUGUGGACUGUGAAGGCAGCAUCAUCGCCCCGGGCUUCAUAGACGUCCAGAUCAACGGAGGAUACGGCGUCGACUUCUCUCAGGCGUCUGAUGAUGUCGGCCGCGGCGUUUCUAUCGUGGCUAAAAAGAUCCUGGAGCACGGCGUGACGUCCUUCUGCCCGACGCUGGUCACCUCCCCCCCCGCCGUCUACCACAAGGUUUUACCUCAGGUCAAAGUUCACAACGGAGGACGACAUGGAGCGGGAGUUCUCGGUUUCCACCUGGAGGGCCCGUUCAUCAGCGAGGAGAAGAAGGGAGCGCACCCGGAGCAGUUCCUCCGCAGCUUCCAGUCCGGAGGGAUCAAAGACCUGAAGGAGACCUAUGGCGGCCUGGACGACGUUGCCAUGGUAACACUGGCCCCUGAGCUGGCCGGCAGCGAAUCGGUGGUGAGGGCGCUCUGCCAGAGGGGCGUCACCGUGUCGUUAGGUCACUCAGUGGCCAACCUGUCUCAGGCUGAGGACGCCGUGAGCAGCGGAGCCUCGUUCAUCACUCAUCUCUUCAACGCCAUGUUGCCUUUCCACCAUCGGGACCCGGGGAUCGUGGGUCUGCUGACCAGCGACCAGGUGCCGGCGGGCAGGACCGUGUUCUACGGGAUGAUCGCUGACGGGAUCCACACCAACCCGGCUGCUCUGCGGAUCGCCCACCGAGCCCACCCCUCAGGUCUGGUGCUGGUGACGGAUGCGAUCGCAGCGAUGGGUCUCCCCCCCGGGAGUCACACUCUGGGCCAGCAGGUCAUCGAGAUCCAGGGUCUUCACGCUUACGUGGCAGGCACGAAGACGCUGAGCGGCAGCAUCGCCACCAUGGACAUGUGUGUGCGACACUUCAAACAGGCCUCAGGCUGCAGUGUAGAAGAAGCUCUGGAAGCUGCUUCUCUUCACCCAGCUCAGCUCCUGGGCCUCAGCCACAGGAAAGGAAACCUGGACUACGGCUCGGACGCAGACCUCGCUCUGCUCGACGAUGACCUCAACGUUAAAGCCACGUAUAUUUCUGGAGAUGAGGUUUGGAGAAGAGAUCCGUAGGAGAAGCGUCUGAUGGAACCUGGCCUGACAGCUGGUGCCUUCAGGGGGCGCUGUUGCGAAGCCAUGACUUGAUUCAUCAGAUCCGAACUCUGAGUUUAUCUCUGGUUCAUCCAUCCUCACUUUAAAAGACUGAAGGUAUUUCUAACCACGCCGACCAUGAGACUCUGCUGUCGCGAUGUCAUUUCAACACUUUGGUCACAUGUGGAAAUUCAAGGUUUCCCCGGAGUUUUGAAUCAUUUCAGUUUGACCUCCUAAUAGACAGGCUCGGUGAAGGUAUAGCGCCACCCUCUGGACAAUCUCCAAACCUUCCUUUCAAUCUGUUCUGAGUCUGACUGCGAGUUUUAAGGAGAUGACAUUAAGGGCUUUAUAAAUGAUGAUAUUCUGACUGUAAGAGACAUUGAUUUCAUUCCUCCUGAUACUUUUAUCAUAUUAUUUGAAUCACGCUGCACAGAAACCAGAUAAAUCAACAGUGACUGAGAAGAACCAAUAAGAUUUAGCAGAGGACGACUCGCUGCAGGAAUCUGUGAUCAGGGGCGGCACAUAGACCCGAGGGGCCCCUGGUUUCAUCUGAUUUCAUCUUUAAAAACAUGCUGUGAUUUUUAAACAUGUCAUAUUUUCUAUGUAAAAUGUUAUUCCUGACGUUUGGUUUUCUAAAUAAAUUCUGUCUGGAUUUUACUGGAAAUUCUUCUGAA